CCCCCUCAGAUCGCGCUAUGGGUGACAGUGAUGAUGAGUAUGAUCGAAGGCGCAGGGACAAGUUUAGAAGAGAGCGCAGCGACUAUGAUCGUUCUCGGGAAAGAGAUGAAAGGCGUCGAGGGGACGACUGGAAUGACAGAGAGUGGGACCGUGGCCGCGAGCGACGCAGUCGGGGUGAAUACCGUGACUAUGACCGGAAUCGGCGAGAACGCUUCUCUCCGCCCCGCCACGAGCUCAGCCCCCCGCAGAAACGCAUGAGGAGAGACUGGGAUGAGCACAGUUCUGACCCAUACCACAGUGGCUAUGAGAUGCCCUAUGCUGGGGGGGGCGGGGGCCCAACUUACGGCCCCCCUCAGCCCUGGGGCCACCCAGACGUCCACAUCAUGCAGCAUCAUGUACUGCCUAUCCAGGCCAGGCUGGGCAGCAUCGCCGAGAUCGACUUGGGUGUCCCGCCGCCUGUCAUGAAGACCUUCAAGGAGUUUCUUCUGUCACUGGAUGACUCUGUGGAUGAGACGGAGGCAGUUAAGCGUUACAAUGACUACAAGCUGGAUUUCCGAAGGCAGCAGAUGCAGGAUUUCUUCCUGGCUCACAAAGAUGAGGAGUGGUUUCGGUCUAAGUACCACCCAGAUGAGGUGGGAAAGCGUCGGCAGGAGGCCCGGGGGGCCCUGCAAAACCGACUGAGGGUGUUCCUGUCUCUGAUGGAGAGUGGCUGGUUUGAUAGUCUUCUCCUGGACAUAGACAAAGCUGAUGCCAUUGUCAAGAUGCUGGAUGCAGCUGUGAUUAAGAUGGAAGGAGGCACAGAGAACGACCUGCGCAUUCUGGAGCAGGAGGAGGAGGAGGAUCAGGCAGGAAAGCCUGGGGAGCCCAGCAAGAAGGAGGAGGGCCGGGCGGGACCGGGGCUGGCGGACGGGGAGCGCAAGGCCAGCGACAAGGACGAUAAGAAAGAAGACGGCAAGCAGGCUGAGAACGACAGUCCUAAUGAUGACAAAACUAAGAAAUCCGAGGGUGAUGGGGACAAGGAAGAAAAGAAGGACGACUCUGAGAAGGAAGCCAAAAAGAGCAGCAAGAAGCGCAGUCGCAAGCACAGUGGUGACGACAGCUUCGACGAGGGCAGCGUGUCUGAGUCUGAAUCCGAGUCGGAGAGUGGCCAAGCUGAGGAGGAGAAGGAGGAGGCUGAAGAAGCACUCAAGGAAAAGGAGAAGCCCAAGGAAGAAGAAAGGGAGAGACCGAAGGAGGCCGCAGGGCUGGAAUGCAGACCCCGGCCUUUGCAUAAAACCUGCUCUCUGUUCAUGCGCAACAUCGCACCCAACAUCUCCCGUGCUGAGAUCAUUUCUCUUUGUAAAAGAUACCCAGGCUUUAUGCGUGUGGCGUUAUCCGAGCCCCAGCCGGAGAGGAGGUUUUUCCGUCGUGGAUGGGUAACCUUUGACCGCAGUGUCAAUAUCAAAGAGAUCUGUUGGAACCUGCAGAAUAUUCGACUCCGGGAAUGUGAGCUGAGUCCUGGUGUGAACAGAGACCUGACGCGGCGUGUCCGUAACAUCAAUGGCAUCACCCAGCACAAGCAGAUAGUGCGCAACGACAUCAAGCUGGCAGCCAAGCUGAUCCACACGCUGGACGACAGGACCCAGCUCUGGGCCUCAGAGCCUGGAGCAGCACCUCUGUCAACGAGUCUGCCAUCUCAGAACCCAAUCUUGAAGAACAUCACUGACUACCUGAUCGAGGAAGUGAGCGCUGAGGAGGAGGAGCUGCUGGGGAGCAGUGGGGGGGCGCCCCCAGAGGAGCCUCCGAAGGAGGGGAACCCGGCCGAGAUCAACGUGGAGCGAGAUGAGAAGCUCAUCAAGGUUUUGGACAAACUCCUUCUCUAUUUGCGCAUUGUACAUUCCCUGGAUUACUACAACACGUGUGAAUACCCCAAUGAGGAUGAGAUGCCCAACCGCUGUGGCAUCAUCCACGUCCGGGGUCCCAUGCCACCCAAUCGCAUCAGUCACGGUGAAGUGCUGGAGUGGCAGAAGACGUUUGAGGAGAAGCUGACGCCGCUGCUUAGUGUGCGAGAGUCUCUUUCAGAGGAAGAGGCCCAAAAGAUGGGUCGUAAAGACCCUGAGCAGGAAGUGGAGAAGUUUGUCACCUCCAACACCCAGGAACUGGGCAAGGAUAAGUGGCUAUGCCCUCUCAGUGGCAAGAAAUUCAAGGGCCCCGAGUUUGUACGCAAACAUAUCUUCAAUAAGCACGCAGAGAAAAUUGAGGAAGUGAAGAAGGAAGUGGCAUUUUUUAAUAAUUUCCUCACUGAUGCCAAGCGCCCAGCUCUGCCUGAGAUCAAGCCAGCUCAGCCCCCUGGCCCUGCCCAGAGCCUGACGCCAGGACUCCCCUACCCACACCAGACGCCCCAGGGCCUGAUGCCCUAUGGUCAGCCUCGGCCCCCCAUCUUAGGUUAUGGAGCUGGUGCUGUCCGCCCUGCAGUGCCCACAGGAGGGCCUCCGUACCCCCAUGCCCCAUACGGUGCUGGCCGAGGGAACUACGAUGCCUUUCGAGGCCAAGGGGGUUAUCCCGGGAAACCCCGCAACAGGAUGGUUCGGGGAGACCCACGGGCCAUUGUGGAGUAUCGUGACCUGGAUGCCCCAGAUGAUGUUGAUUUCUUCUGAGCCAUCCACUCCCUCCCUCCUGAUAGCAUCUGUACUUGUGACUGCCUUGUCCCAACAGCUGAGAAAUUUUUGUACGUUCAGCCCUACUGCCAAUAAAAGCACUUCCCCAG